GUUUUCUUUCAGAGAAGCAUUUUGAGCCAUAUGUAGAGAUUUGUUUUCAAGAAAUCAUCAGAGUAGUCAACUACCCACAUGAUGACAUCAGGAGUGCAGCUGCUCUAGGAAACAGUGACUCAGUUAUGUAUACACAUGCAUAAAGUAUCACCUGGAGGAAGGGAAUGCGCUGCAGUCGGCCCUGAAUAUGCUGAUUCCCAAGUGUGCUGAAGUGGUGAGGACAGAUAAGGAGCGGGAGGUGGUCAUCACAGGUCUGGACACGUAUCUGGAGUUGCUGAAGGAGAUUGGCUCACCUGUUCUGGAGGGUGAGGGCCACACUGAUGCCAUCAUCAACUGCGUCAAGGAUGUCUUGAACUGCAGGACAGAGUGUCAGGAUGAAGGGGAUGGUGAAGAGGGAGAGGAGGAGGCAGAGGGGGAUGAGCUACUUAUAGAGUCAGCUGGGGAGAUUAUUCCCCAUCUGGGCAAGGUGAUGCCACCAUUGGAGUUUGCCCAACACUACACACAGUUUCUUCCCAUGUUCGUCAAUCUUACGAAGAAGCAGGCGUCUGAUGCUCAGCGCUCAUUUGGUGUGGGGAUGAUAGCUGAGUGUAUGGCAUGUGCGGGACCCUGCCUGCCUGCUUACGCUCAGCAGCUACUCUCCUUGCUCAUCACACUCGCUCGUGACCAAAACGAUGAAGUGCGCAACAACGCGAUAUUUGCACUCGGUGAACUCGUCUAUCAUGGAAGGGAUUGCAUAUUUCCUUUCUAUGGAGAAAUUCUACAGACUUUGUCACAUGCUGUUGUGAAUGAGAGCAACUCUGGUGCUUUAGACAACAUCUGCGGUGCUCUUGCUCGACUCAUCAUCACAAACGUCUCUGGCAUACCUUUGGAACAGGUAAUUCCCGUCUUUGUACGCUAUCUUCCGUUGAGAGAAGACUUUGAAGAGAAUAAGUGGGUGUAUCAGAGUCUCAACAACCUCUACCAGAUGGGUAGUCCUCCAUUGCUCCAAAACUUGAACCCUGUGAUAAAGGCUUGUGCAAUAUCUCUCCAUGGAAACCAAAUUGAGACUGACAAUCGCAGCAUAUACAGAAGGGGUAAUAGUGAAUUGUAG